AUGAGCCUCGUGCUAUUCCUUGUCUACUGCAUUUAUGGUAUUCCCUCUACGAUUCUCUAUUUGAUCGUCAUUUACACGAUCGUCGUGAAACGGCGAACGAUUUUCGCCGGCUCCUUUUACCUCGUCUACCUGAAUCUGCUUGUUGUCGAUUUGGUAACCUAUUUGAACACUUACAUCAACUUGAAACCACGCGAAAUCCCGGGAAUCGCUGAGUAUUUUGUCGACAUCGAAUUCAAAAUACCGCCCUAUCGUUUCUUCAUUAUGCUUUCAUUUGCAUGCUAUCAUUUACAGGCAAGCAAAUUCAAAAAAGAUUACCCCAGC